AUGCUGAAGACGCUAAUAGCGCUUCACAUCACAGCCUGUGUCACCGGACAAUCGCCUUCAAAAGAUCGGCCUAUCAUAACGCCUUUCAGCUUUCCAACCGACCUCUCGGAAGGAGCAUCUGUGCAGGUGUUUUGUGCAAUCUCGAAGGGAACCCUUCCCGUGUACUUCACCUGGCUCAAAGAUGGCAAGACGCUGCGCGAGACCCGAGCGAAGAUCACGACCGCGGACAAAUUCUCCGUCGUUCAGAUCGACGCCGUGGCUCCGGUAGACGUCGGCAACUACACGUGUUUCGCCAAGAACCUCCAGGGGACCGACAGUCAUUCGGCCAUGCUCGAAGUCAGAGCUCCCCCUCGCUGGCUGCGCGAACCCAGCGACGUCUCGGCAUUGCUGGGAAGCCAAGCUGUGCUUUCCUGUCCGGUGGCGGGCUACCCAGCCCCAAAAGUAACUUGGAGCAGAAUUGCCGACGGCGAGCCUCCAGUGCGUCUGGAAAGCAGCCAACCCCUUACACCGGCCGAAGACGGCACGCUGGUGUUUCGCGAGGUGUCUCUUCCCGACAAGGGCACCUACUUGUGCGAAGCGAACAAUGGCGUUGGAGGUGCCAUCACUAACCGAGUUAGGCUGCUUCUCAACGGUAAGGAAGUCCAAUACAUGAGCCGUCAAAAGGCUUUCCACACGGCGACAAGAAGAACCGGGCCUGGACGGCCCGUGUCAGCCUUUCGUUACAAAAUAAAUUACUUCUUUUUUUAUCUCUUUCCCUUCUUUUUUCUUUACACGUCCAUCAGCCAAAAUGUCUAA